AUGCUGUUCUGCCACUCCCAGCCUGAAUCCUACCACCAGCACUCUGCUAGUUACCUUAGAGAGGCCUUGGCGCCUUUCUUGAAAAAUGAACAAGUACAGCACACGAUGGAAAAUGGUGCCAAAAGGACUCCAUUCCAGUACAUUCUCUGUGCAGCCACCUCGCCGGCUGUGAAACAGCAAGAGGAGACUCUCACUUAUCUCAACCAAGGUCAGUCCUACGAAAUCCGUAUGCUUAACAGAAAACUAGUGGAGUAUACAGAUAUAAGCAGCAAAUAUGUAAAGAGCAUUGUGCGAGUGGUGUUUCAUGACCGCCGGCUGCAGUAUAUGGAGCACCAGCAGCUUGAAGGAUGGAGGUGGAACAGACCUGGAGACCGGAUCCUGGAUAUAGAUAUCCCACUGUCAGUGGGGAUAGCUGAGCCACAUGCACACCCUCUGCACCUCAACACCAUCGAGUUCCUCUGGGAUCCUGUAAAGAAUGCUUCUGUUUUCAUCCAGGUCAACUGCAUCAGCACAGAGUUCACCCCUAGGAAGCAUGGCGGGGAGAAGGGGGUACCAUUUCGUAUCCAGGUGGACACUUUUACCCAGAACGAACAUGGGGAAUACAUAGAGCAUGCCCAUUCAUCCAGCUGCCAGGUCAAAGUCUUCAAGCCUAAAGGAGCUGAUCGCAAACUGAAGACAGACAAGGAAAAGAUUGAUAAAAAGGCCCUUCAAGACAGAGAAAAGUACCAGUUGUCCCACGACACCACCAUGCUAACAGAGUGUUCUCCUUGGCCUGAUGCCCUGAGUCUCAGCAGUAGCAGCAGCACUCCCUCCCCGGUCUACCACAGCUCCCCAACACCCUGUACUUUCACAGAUGGCAAGUGCUCUCCAAACCAGCAGGUGGAGCUGCUCAUGCCCGGCUGCUCUGAUCACCUUCUGCCAUCGUCCUCGCCGCAGGACACUCAGCAGUGGCUGCACCGUCACAGGUUCACGCCUUUCUCAAGGCUCUUCUCCUGCUUCUCAGGUGCUGAUCUUCUGAGGAUGAGCAGGGAUGAUCUGAUCCAGAUCUGUGGCCCAGCAGAUGGCAUACGCCUCUUCAAUACGAUCAAGGGAAGGUGUAUACAGCCACGUCUCACCAUCUAUGUGUGCCAGCAGCGGAGCAGGAAUCAGCCUUCCAUCAAGCCAGAAGGUGGAGACGUGUACCAUGCUCUGUACCUGGAGGAGUUGACGCUGGUGGACUUGUCUGAGAAGAUUGCCAUGUUGUACAGCGUCACUCCACAGCAAAUCACCCACAUCUACAGACAAGGACCCACUGGGAUCCACAUCCUGGUCUCAGACGAGAUGGUGCAGACCUUCAGGGAAGAAACGAGCUUCAUCAUCAGCACUAUGAGGGAUGAAAACACUGAUGGGUACCAUGUGGUGCUGAAAUGACCAGCAGGCGCUCAGGAGCCAAGCCUUUCAGAGUUUCAUCGUCCAGCGAAUUCAAGCUCUGUAGUGUUGGUGGGAUUGUAUAGAUUGUUCAUAGGUUCCCCUGUUCUGCAGUGUGUGUAAUUCACCCAGAGCUACAGAACAGUGAAAUGCUCCCCAGCUUUUAGUUUACUGUUCAUUUUUCUGUUUAUUUUUCUGUCAUUUUACUGUUUAUUUUUCUGUCAUUUUCUUCUUUUAUUUGUAUUUUUGUUAAAUUAUUGAUUGAUGUUUGACAUGCUUCAUGAUUCUUUGUAAACAGUGCCUCUAAUGUGCUGUGUUACUCUUCUACACACAUUUCUGGUUCAGAGACCUAUAGAGCCAAACUGUGGAUUACCAAUAAUAAUAAUGAUAAUAAUAAUAAAAAAAGGUCACCUUCCAACAUAAAACUAAAUUGCAAUAUAUCAUCAUACAAAUAGUAAAGACAAAUGAACAAAUGCUGUAUUAUGUUGUAUCAGAGCUGAUACGUCCCAGUCCUCCUAAUAUCCUCAUUCUCUUUUCACAUUUGUCCCACACAUGAAUUGAUGUGUAAUGUCCUGGGAUAGACAUUUAAAAUGUUUUUUCUGCACAUGCUACAGUACACAUACUACUUGCUUAACAGUAUAUAUUGUGCUAUUUUAAAAAUGUUUAAGUGCCUGCACUCUGUGUUGAAGCUCCAGCUCCUUCAGAGAAGGAUUUCAGACUUCUGCCUGUUUUGGAUUCAUGAGAAAAGGAAAUGUCUCUUCUGACUGCCAUGAU